AGGGACGUUUUGCGAAGCACUGACAGUUAAAGUUUACUACAACUGCCUAAAUAGUCGGAAAAAUCGCUUGCCAAUGGAUAUUCUGUGGCAACGAACGUGCCAACACAGCUUUUGCGCCAUUUGUUAACGUUACCUUUUAAUGAUGUAACGUAAUUUGAGCAAAGCAGCUAACUCCUGUCUGUCCGCCGAGGAAACCGGACAUUACACGGGGACAGACAAGGACUUCCUGUGGCAUGUUGACUCAAGACAAGAGAGCAACAGAGCACUUUUUUUCAAUGAAAAAAUAAAAUGAAGCCAAAACGCACCCAGAGGAAUAACGUUAGAAGACCCAGUUGCCAAGGCAAAGGUGUCAGUGCUGGUGACAAUGUGGGUCAAGCUAAGCCAACAUCGCUGGUGUCCUUUCGUGCUCAAAUCAAACCUUUUGCUGGGAAAGUGUUUUACCUGGAUCUGCCAUCAAACAGAAUAACAGAGACAUUGGAGAGUGACAUCAAAGAACUGGGAGGGACUGUCGAGAAAUUCUUCAGUAAGGAAAUUAAGUAUCUGGUAUCCAACAAGAGGGAGGCCAGAUAUGUGCAUUGUCUCAGGCAGGAGUCUCCUGUCCCCAGCCCAGACUCUGGAGAGAGUUUACCGCACUGUCGCUCAAAGUCGCACCGGCCCGGCAGCCAUGAGGACAACAUGAAAAGCAGGUCUCAGGGCCAAACAGACACAUGUGUUACAAGUCGAGGGAAGUCUUUGGUGGAGAGAGUGGUGAAAGAGCAGGAGAGGGUACAAAUGAACAAGAUCCUGUCAAAUGCUCUGGAGUGGGGUGUGAAAAUCCUCUACGUAGAUGAUAUAAUAGCAUAUGUUCAGAAGAAAAAAAAGGUUGUCAACAGCCAGUGUCCUGCUACCACUGCUGUUAAAACAAGUGUCAAAGCUGAGUCAGUGGCAAAGCAAGGCUUUCAGAAAUGCAGAGGGGGUCGGAUCAGUAAACCGUUCGUCAAGGUUGAGGAUUCAAGCCGACACUACCGUCCAAUCUACCUAACUUUAGCAAACAUGCCCAAAUUCAACCUGAAGACUGUUCCUCCCUGUAGUCCCCUUCUUGUUGAGGACAAGGAUCCUCCCGGGAACAAACAGCGGGGACACAGAGGUGCAAAGGCCUCAGCCAGUGAAGAGAGAGCACACAGCCGAAAGAAGAACAGAGACAAGAAACGAGGCGGCUACUGCGAGUGCUGUAUGAUCAAAUAUGAGAACAUUACAACGCAUCUACAGAGUGAACGUCACAAGGCUUUCUCAAAGAGUGACGAAUACUUGGUGGUGGACAAACUGGUUUCAACCCUGCACUGCAAUUUCAUCCCCAUCAAAACCCAAGUUAAAAGACCAAAGUGUAGUGUUUCCUCUGUUCUGAUUGCUCCUGGACCAUGUGGGAAAACUGAGCUAAGGCACAAGGGAGAUCUUGAUACCACAGAGAUUAUUAAAGAAGAGCAGCACUGGACUGUCGAUGGGCACAAGGGAUCUUAUUCAGGACACACUUUAAAAAUCGGAUCAGUUCUUGCAUCUGCUCCUCUGAUUCACAGAGAGGGGGACAGGAGGCGAUACUACACUCACUCAGACAGUUCCAAGUACAAAUCUCUUGCACGUAAACGGCUGUGCAGACAGAACUCACUGCCUUCUAGCACUCAAAAAGUUCCUCAGCCCAAGAUAGAAACAGCCCCCUCUAGAGGUGAAUGUCUUGCCUCUAGUCCCUCCAGAGUUACUCGGGUUGACCCGGUGGACCAAAUAAUAAUCGAAGACAUGAACAGCUCAACCUCUCACUUCCAUAAUAUGAACGGACAGAAUGAGAUGUCCUCAAUAAGCCUUAAUGUUAUAACAAAUCAACAAGAGGACUCUGACAACAAACAGUGUUCGUCAGUGUUUGAGGCGGUUCAGGAUGGAAACACAUUGCCUGACAAAAUUACUGGAAACAACCUUUCAGAAAAGGAGGAUGCACACCUCCCUACACAAAGCUUCUCCCCGGUCCGGAAAAUACAACGGAGGAUCCGAGUUUAUAAACGCAAAAGACGGAAGGUGGACACACAAGUCAAACAUGUAAAUUCAAGUGACAUUCCUGACAACUCCAUGAUGAAACUUUGGGAAUUUUUUAAGUCAAGUGAUGACAUGGACGUGGAAUUUCUGGGGUUUGAGGAUGAGGAAGGGACAAAUGAGCUGCAGAGAUGAACUGGACUGUUAAUGGCUUUUGCAACACCAGAACCAUACCACAUUCUGUGCCAUGGACUGCGUAAACCAAUAGAUUUUUCUUGUAAUCACAAACAUCAGAUUAAAGAUGAAAGAAUAAUCUACUGUGUUUUAUUUUAUUUCCGGGGGCCAUAUUUUUUCCUCCUUAUUUUGUGUUGUAUCAAAUGAAAGGCAGCUGCUGAUGUGCUGUAGCAUUUUUUUCACAGCAUUGUUUAACAUAGAAAACUUUGAAAGAGGUAAACCAGCGUCCAAUGACAAUUUUAAUUCUCCUUAUCGUGGCUUUAAAAUAACAUUUGGCACAUUUUCUUGUGCUGCAAAAAUUGGUUGAAAAUGUACAUUUAUUUGAUAUUUAGAUUCUAAAGUCAAAACAAAGAACAGUGAAAGUGGACUGGAAAUUGAAGAAUUGUAAUCAAAACUACAAUAUUCCCACAAUAGUAAAAAUGUGUCUUAAAUGUGCAAAAUGUCAUGUCUUGAUGUUGAGUUCCAACACCAUGAACUGGAAUAAAAUAUUACCCAAAGAUGACACCAAACAUUUAGAAGUCCCAUUAUAAGGACUUAAAUGGACCUUAAUUAAGACAGAACAGUAACAGUAGAGUGUGUAUCAAUUAAGUGUAUUUCUUAACAAUUUCACAAGGUUGAUACCUUUUAUUGCCACUUGAAAAUUUCUGAAAUAGUUUACAGUCUCUACAUGCAGUCUUUUCUCCACAAUACUGACUAUUCACUUAAAGGAGCAUCAUAGCUCUAGCUAGUCAGUAAUCUGGAGAAAGAUGACUUGAAUCUUUCCAGAUGUGGGCAACUGAUUGUACAGUAUAUGUAUAUAAAAUACAUAUAGUGUUUGUAUUUUAAUGUGAAUGACCUGCAGGUUGGAUGUGUGGUAUGUGACAUUAUAUCUGACAUUUUAGGAUUCUUCCUAAGUGCACUUUUUGUGAGUUCAUGUGUUUUUUUUCUGAUACAUUAGCUCAGCUCCUAGCUUUUUCCCUGCAUUUAGUGCAUUAGCAUAGUGCACUUGUUCUCCAUCACUGCUCUCAAAUGGAUCCACUGGGUCAAAUGGGAGUCUGUGCCACUACCAUCAAGAAAAAGACAUGAGCAACAGUGUGUUCCAAGGCACAAGUACA